AUGCUGCGUGAGGGAGUUCGUCGUGUUCUUGGAGGAGAUACUGCAUUGGAUCCAGUUCACACUCUCAUUACUCUCUCAAUCAUGAACCACCCAUUCGCUCCCACUCCUUCUUCUUCCUUAACCUUCGAUACCCACCGCCUGAACUUCUUAUAUUCCUCCCUCCACCGCCGCAGGAAGUCAAACGGCCGCGGCGGCGCCGCCCAACUCCCGCUCACCUCCGGUGCUUCUUUCGGCACCGGUCAGUACUUCGUUUCCCUCUCCCUCGGGACUCCACCUCAGCCUUUCCUCCUCGUCGCUGACACCGGCAGCGACCUCAUCUGGGUCGAGUGCUCCGCCUGCCGGAACUGCUCCCGCCGGUCACCGGACUCCGCUCUCUUCGCCCGCCAUUCUUCCACAUUUUCUCCAUACCAUUGUUAUGACCCGGCUUGUGAUUUCGUGCCCCACCCGGCAAACCUGACCUGCAACCAUACCCGGCGGCACAGCACGUGCCGGUACGAAUAUUCGUAUUCCGAUGGGUCCUUCACUUCCGGGUUUUACUCCAGGGAAACGGCAUCGUUUAAUACCAGCUCCGGGAAAGGAGUGAGGUUCAAGAAAUUAUCCUUCGGUUGCGGGUUCAACACCUCUGGGCCGAGCUUAACGGGCCCCGGUUUCAAUGGCGCCCGGGGAGUACUGGGCCUUGGUCUUGGACCGAUCUCGUUUCCAUCCCAAUUGGGCAAGACUUUCGGAAACAAGUUCUCCUAUUGCUUGAUGGACUAUACAAUUUCGCCCUCUCCGACAAGCUAUCUUUUAAUCGGCGGCGGCUUGAUGGGGCCCACUGUUAAGAAGAGCUACACCCCGAUCAUAAACAACACAUUGUCUACCACAUUUUAUUACAUUGGAAUCGAAAGCGUUUACGUCGAUGACACCAGAUUACCGAUUAGCCCUUCGGUUUGGGAUAUCGAUGAGUUUGGCAAUGGGGGAACAGUUUUGGACUCGGGGACAACAUUGACAUUUCUCGUGCAGCCGGCUUAUGAUAAAGUGGUGCAAGAGUUUGAGCGGCGCGUGAAGCUGCCUAGAUCGGGUGAUCCUAGUCCCACGUUUGAUUUUUGCAUAAACGUGUCGCGCGUGUCGAAUCUAACCCUGCCAACACUGAGUUUCAAGCUGGUUGGCGGGGCGAGGCUAUCGCCCCCGCCUCAGAACUAUUUUAUUGACACAGAGGAAGACGUAAAAUGCCUGGCAUUGCAGCCGGUCACGCAGCCGUCGGGCUUUUCGCUGCUCGGUAACUUAAUGCAACAAGGGUUCAUGUUCGAAUUCGACAAGGGCCGAGGACGGCUUGGAUUCUCAAGACACGGUUGUUCAGAGCAUUGA